AUGAAGGUGCUGGCAAAGCUUGAUGGCCCAGGAAGCAAAACACAGAAGUCAGAUUGGUAUGACUUUCUUCUACCUCAUGUUGGGGUAACCACCACUCGGAAUCAAUCUUUCCACGACCAACGUCGGCGUCUUUGGAUGAAACGUGUCUCCACAGGUGCGAUGGCUCGCUAUGAAGAACAGAUCAAAAGUCAUGCGAAGGAGCUCGACUACUGGCAUUACGCCAUUCGAGAUAUGCGUCGUGCAAUGAGAAUUUUGGGUCCUCUUUCCCCAGUACCCUGGCUUGCCCGUAUUGGAUUUUGGGCACUCCAUGGCUACUGGGUUAUCAAAGAUUGGCACACCAUGAUUUCUUUCUGUGCGGAGCAGAUGAAAGAAAAAUUUCUGGAGCCGGAUUCCAACGAUUUGGCACAGGCUAUUAUUGAUGAAGCGAAACAGAAAGCUCAUGGUGAUGAGCAUCCUGCUCUGAUCGCUGAUUCUGUUGUUGCCAUUGUGGCGGGAAGUGACACUGUCGCACCUACCCUGGUGUUUAUCUUUUAUGAGCUAGCACUGAACCCCGAGAAGGCCGAAAAGCUCUACGAGGAAGUCCGUGACUUUGACCUUGAGAGCAAUGUCUCUCAAGAGUUAUGGCUAUCUCCACGAUGUUAUUACAGAAACUCUGCGUCUACACCCAGCUGUUCCCACCGGUGGAUAUCGUGA